ACCUCUGCGUGGCAGAGCAGCGGGAGAGGAGACGGGCAACAGCUGGAAAAAUCAGAGUCAUGUUUAGCUGUCGAGUGAGACCAUAUUAUUUAAAACGCUUCACACUUAUUAUGCGACGACGGAACUUGUAAACAUUGUUGUAGAAUUUGCAAAUGCAAUGUUUUGAACGUUUUUUUUAAGUUUGUUAUCAGCUCUGGGCAAGCUAGUCGCUUUUAGCUAACGGUCCAAUUUAACUAAGCCUGAGCGCAAUGGAUCAGUCUGUGGCGAUUCAAGAGACUCUGGAUGUUGGAGAAAACUGUCUUAUAGCUGUUCAGUGUCUUUUACUGCUGCGUAAUGGUACAGAAAGCAGACUUCUGGGGCUUGUGGAGUGCAGCAAAGAGCAUGCAUUAUUUCUGUUCAGUCAUAGAAGGAUGGCAAUCACUGGCAAUGAUGUAACUUUGCAGGAAAUCAUUCCCAUUUCAUAUGACUUUUCUGUUGUUGAAGUGUCGUCUCCUGAUGAACUUGCUGUAGUGGGUGCCGAUACUCGAGUUAGAGUAACAUUCCUUAAUGAGGAGAUGGAGCUCAAGUUGCCUUUCGGUUCCCACACACGUCUCUUCCUCACUGAAGUCAACAGAGCCUGGUGUGAUGUCUGUGAGCAGUAUCCAUCAUCACCAAAGUUUGCCUGGCUUAAUAAGUACCAGAAAAACUUUAAAGAGCCUGGAUCAUUAACACCCAGUGCAACACGGAAGAUUAAGAAAAGAGACAGAUCCAACACAGCCCACAAAGAAAACAAACACGCCACUUCCAGCACAGAGACGAUAAGAGGAGAGAGUCUCCAUGAGAGCAGCCAGGGGAGAGAGAAAGCAGAAAUAAGGAAUGAGCUGGUUCGCUCAUCUCAACACACUGUAUCCAACAAAGCCCAGAUGCUCACCAUGCCCCAGUUUGGCCUGCGUGACAAUCUCGUCAAGUGUGAACUCCUUAAAAAAGAGGAAACUUACACCUACAUUGAAAACUUCAACUUUUUCCUGGGUACAUACAAUGUAAAUGGGCAGACACCGAAGGAGUCCUUGCACACGUGGUUGGGCUCGACUGCUCAACCUCCUGAUCUCUACUGUGUAGGGUUCCAAGAACUUGAUCUAAGUAAGGAGGCAUUUUUCUUUAAUGACACCCCUAAGGAGCAAGAAUGGAUGAAGGCUGUAUCAGAUGGUCUUCACCCAGAUGCCAAGUAUGCCUUAAUAAAGCUGGUACGGCUGGUUGGGAUCAUGCUGCUGUUCUAUGUGAAAAAGGAACAUGCUGAGUACAUCUCUGACGUGGAGGCAGAGACUGUAGGUACAGGUAUCAUGGGAAGAAUGGGUAAUAAAGGGGCUGUAGCAGUUAGCUUCAGAUUUCACAAUUCAGACAUCUGUGUGGUCAACUCCCAUCUGGCAGCUCAUAUAGAGGAGUACGAGAGAAGGAAUCAGGACUACAAGGACAUUUGCAGCAGGAUGUUCUUCAGACAGCUUGACCUGACACUUCCUCCACUCACCAUCAUGAAGCACAGUAUUGUCCUGUGGGUUGGUGAUUUGAAUUAUCGAUUAAGUGACCUUGAGGUUGACGAAGUAAAGAAUCUGAUAUUGAAAGGGGAUUUUGAAACACUUCACAAUCAUGAUCAGUUGAAGAGGCAAAUGGAUGAGGAAGCUGUGUUUGUUGGCUUCAUGGAAGGUGAGAUCAAUUUCCAACCAACAUACAAGUAUGAUACUGGCUCAGACGAAUGGGACUCUAGUGAGAAGUGUCGGGUCCCAGCUUGGUGUGAUCGUAUUCUGUGGAGAGGGAAGAACAUAACCCAGCUGAAUUAUCAGAGUCAUAUGAACGUGAGAAACAGUGACCACAAGCCUGUCAGCUCCCUGCUGAAAAUAGGGAUCAAAGUAGUAAAUGAAGAAAUCUAUAAAAGGACAUUUGAGGAUAUUGUGCGGUCUCUGGACAAGCUGGAGAAUGAGUGCAUUCCAUCAGUUUCUCUGGCACAGCAUGUGUUCCACUUUAGCAAUGUGAAAUUCAUGCAGCAUCAAGCACAAACUCUGACACUUUACAAUGAUGGACAGGUACCAUGUCAGUUUGAGUUCAUACAGAAGCUAGAUGAGCCAGCCUACUGCAAGCCCUGGCUCACAGCCAACCCCCCCAAGGGCUUUGUGGCCCAAGGGGCCAGUGUGGACAUUGACCUGGAGGUGUUUGUGAAUCGUUCUACUGCUCCGGAGUUGAACUCAGGCCAGCAGCAGCUUGAGGACAUUCUUGUGCUGCACCUGGAGAGGGGCAAAGAUUACUUUAUCUCCAUUACUGGCUCCUACCUGCCAAGCUGUUUCGGCUCACCCAUCCACAUGCUCUGCCAGUUAAGGGAACCCAUCCAGGACAUGCCUCUGGAAACCAUCCAUAAGCUAAACUCAUUACCCAGAGAGACGAGCAGCCCAGACACUGAAAAAGCUUUAGACAUUCCAAAAGAAAUAUGGAUGAUGGUGGACCACCUCUACCGUAAUGCCAGCAAACAGGAAGAUAUCUUUCAGCAGCCAGGACUACGCAGUGAAUUUGAGGAAAUCAGGGAUUGCUUAGACACAGGCUCACUUGACACUCUCCCUGGAAGUAAUCACUCUGUGGCUGAAGCUCUGCUUCUGUUCCUUGAUGCCCUUCCUGAACCAGUGAUCCCUUACUCUAUGUACCAACAAUGCCUGGACUGCUGUUAUAGCAACAGCCAAUGUAAACAGAUUAUUUCUUUGUUACCUCAGUGCCAUAAAAAUGUUUUUAACUAUUUAACGGCAUUUCUCCGGGAGUUGUUGAAAAACUCUGCACACAAUCGGCUGGACAGCAACAUUUUAGCCACAAUAUUUGCUGCCUUAAUGCUAAGGUCCCCCACAAAACAAGACAUUUUGGAGAAAAGAAAAGCAAAGGAGUUUUUCCAGCAUUUUCUGGUCCAGGAAUCACACUAAUAUACAUCACCAUCUACUUAUUUUGCUGCACAGUAUUUGACUAAAGUUUUGUAGCUAUAAUUUGUCUAACUUGUUUAUCAUCCUGAUUGUGUUAAACUGCUGCCAUUUGAAUUAGAGGAUUUUAAUGAGCAUAUUAAAAGACAACAUUAUUUUAUUAUAAAAGUAAUGGUUUGGGGGAAAAUAAGUUUUUAUGCACAUGUUCCACUUGUGUCAAAAUUAUUCAAUCAGCCAAGACAUGUUUGGGGUACAGAGUUUGCAUUAUAGAUAUGAUGCUAAAAUUGCUGAGUAAUGGCACUUUUUAUCAUUAUGUAAACUCAUCAUAGGUUUCAAGUUCUUCCAAAUCAUGUAGAAUCUUAGUAUUAGAAAGUGACUGAACAAUUCAUCAUCAAGAUUAUUUCAUUACUUAUCAACUUCAUGCAGCCAAGGACAUGUUGAACUAAACACGCAUUUGGAACACCGAUCCCUUAGCCUCAGUUUUAAACAGUUUAGGAAAGAUAAACCAUGUCACAUAUUUUUGCCUUCAAUGUCUACAGCUUGUACAAUACACUAUAUAACAGCAUUGUUGUAGCUGCAGUGCAAUAUUUCAGGUUAUGGACACCAAACAUUUUUUUGCUGACUUGGUAAAUUUGAGGCAAGUACAAAACUUGUGUAGAUUUCACUCUUGUAAGGCAGCUGGAUCAUAGAAGUCAUUAUUUAAAGAGUAAAUGUUUGUAUUUUGAUGUAAAUACAAAGCAUUUUUAUAUUAAAAAAAAAAAAUAGAAGCACUGAA